CUAGCUAGCUCACCGGCUUCUUCUUGCCGCUGUACACUGAAAUGUCUUUCUUUCUUUCUUUCUUUUUAUUGAUAUAUUUUAAAACUGGCUGAAAUAACCCAGCGAAUUCAUCACCGCUUGGACAUGUUCGUGUUUAUUAAGAUGAACUACCACGUUAGCAGCAGCUAGCUGUGUGGGGUUUUUUUCGACUUCCGUUUGUUUUUAGCUCCCUAGCUAACCACGAUUCUCAAACUGGUUUAGCUUUUUAUUUUCGGCUCAAUGGUUCACCUGGAUAUUGAAAGCUUAAAUCUACACAAUGGAUGAUGUUAUUUCACUCAGUUCUGGAAGUGAAGAGGACUCGGAUAUUGAGUUUGUGAGCAGUUAUAGAGAUGAGAGCUCCACUGGCAUUCCGUUUAUCACAGCAGAACUGCUGCCAGUUACACCUGUUCUUAUCGAUAUCACAGAGCACCACUUUUCAUCAGCCAGACCAAGAUCCUCCCAAAGACUAAAGAAGCUGCCGUGUUCCACGAUAGAAAUCAUAGAUCUGAAUAACGUCUCUGACUCGUGCGUCAGCUUCACAGCCAAAUCGUGUGGAAAAGUUCGCCGCUCGUCGUACACCGCGAAUCUUGAGAAAGAUGUCAUUUGUUUGGACUCGGGCGACGGGACUGGCUCUCAGUCUCCUGUUCCUGUGUCAUGCGCUCAAGAAAACUCUUGUAUGAACCAAUACAAUGGGAUUCACUCGCGUUUACAGGACGGCAGCACGCCGAGGUUCAGAAACGGUUCUCACCAUUCAAGUCCGAAAGAUACUUCUUCACUCGCCUUCGAGCCUUCGAUUGGACUCCCGGAGGUUUUCGAAGCCCAGAACACUAAUCACACAGAGCAAACAUCGACGUCGCUACCUGCUGAAAAACACCCCGAGCAUGACGAGAGGUUGGAUUCGCCGCACAGCUGGCUGAACAAAGUGCUCUCGCCGUUCAGCCUCGGCAGCCCGUACUUCUGCCCGAGCGAAAUCGACGCGCCCGUGUUCUCCGACGAAUCCCUUAUUUUAUACGAUGAUACCAAAGACCCAACGGGCGGCUUUGAUCAACCCGAGUCCCUGUUUGAGGUCGAUAGAAGGAUGGAACUGCCAGAAAACGCGCACACACACGCCUCAUCACUUUAUCCACAGACCCAGUCACAGAUAGCCCCUCAGACACGACCUGCUUCAGACCGAGCACCCGUCCCCGUCAGUCCGACGUCCACAGAGCUCCUCGCCAGCGAUUCUGCAGAAACGGGAUCCGAUCUGGACAUGGACAGUCCACCUGUCAGUCCUGUGAAGUCCUCUCGCACUCUCAGUCCACCUUCUCACCUGGCGUUUGGUACUAAAGACUCUUCUGGUUCAGUGUUACAGGCGAGCGGUGUGGACGGUGACGGCGCAGAUCUCUCUGAAGGUCGCGCAGAUCUCUCUGAAGGUCACACAGAGGGAGGACAGGAGGUUUCUCUGGUGCAGUUCAAAAAGCUGAAACAUUUAUUAGGGGGACGAGAUCAAAGCAUGCACGCUGCCGACGAGGACAGUAAGGACUUCGGCAUGGCCGAGCCUCUGUGCAGGCAGAGCCUGAGUCUGGUCUACAGCACCAUCGAAGAGAAUUACACCGAGGGCACUUUGCAGCUUCUCUCCGACCUCAUCCAGCCGUGUUAUUACCCUCCUGCUGAUAUCACCGCUCACCUCCUGAGACGGAUCCUGCUGGAGCCGCAGUGCACUCCAGUGGUGGCACUGGAAGCCUACAACCUGCUGAUGAGGACGCAGAAAUACCAUCCUGCAGACAAAUCGACGAUCCCAUGGGACUGGGAGUUGUUAUUGUCCGUGAUGACUGAACAGGACAAGGCGAGGAGGCUCCACAGUGAAGUGCGCUGUCUGCUGCUUCAGUACGUGUUGCAGGUUUUGGAAGACGACUUCCAGUUAAAGCUCCCGAUGCUUCGGCUCCACCUCUCGAUUGCUAAUGAAAUGCUUUCGUGUGAUUAUCGGAUCAGACAGGUCAGGGAACUCAUGACCUGGCUGUUAGAUACAGCGAGACAGUCAGUCUGGAUUUCUGAGGAGGAAGAAAUGGAAAAAAGGGAGCGGAACUGCUGUCUAAAGAUGCUGCUAAUUCUGCAGAGGAUGCUGUUAUUGGCCAUGGAGGUGGACCUCAGACCCACCUGCAGCUCCAGUAAGCUCUCUGAGGAGCUGUGUAACAGCCUGAACACCAUGGCACCAUGCAGGCGGCUCAGAUUUCUGUUGUUAAGCACGCUGCAGAGCAACCUGCUGAGGUGCAAGAUGGUGGAGCUGCUGCUGGAUCAGUCCUGCUCUCAGAAGAGAGUGUUGCCCAUGUCCUUCAAACUGCUGCUGCACUUCCUGCACACGUCCACACUGGCACCAGACCCAUCGGAUGGCGUGGAGAGAUGGAGAAGGUGGGACGAGCUCCUGCAGCUUGUGUGGAUGCUCAUGCUCAGCUAUCAAGAAGUGAUAACCGGUCAUCUUCGCUACUCUAUUACAGAGCGCUUCAAGCUGACCCGCGCUCCCAUGUGGACCCAGAACGACCAGGUGACCCGAGCCGCAGUCCAAGAAGCAGCCGAGGCGUUCCUGUCUCGCGCGGUGAAGGACCUCGGGCACGAUCUUCCCUCCCAAAUCCAAGAGUCGUUAUCCCAGCUACAAGAACACUUACUGAGUAUCUCUCUGCAAUAACAAACCAAAAAUCAAUGUGUGUAUAUAUGAUAAAGAUUAUUUUUGUAGAUAUUUUUAUUAUUAUAUAAAUUUUAAAGCUGUC